AUGCUGCGGGGGCUGGCGGGGCGGCACUGCCCGCGCUCGGCGCACGGAGCGGUGCCACCGGGAAAACGGGGAGCGGGCACCGGCUCAGGGCUGGGCGCUGCCUCGGGCGGUGGGGCUGCCCCGCGACAGCACCUGAGCACACACAACCCGGCCGGGACAGCCGCGGGGAGAGCGCUGCCCCGCCGGGGCGCUUCUGCCGGGGCGCGGCGGGGCCGGGCUGGCACCGCUUCUCCGAGCGCCGAGCGCCCCAUCGCCUCGGCCCCUUUCCCUCCGCAGAGCGCCGGCCGGCCGUGCCCGCAGCCGGACUUCGCCGGGGGCUCGGGCUGCGCCUGCCCCUGGUCCGCCCCCGCCGGGGUUUCCAAGGAGACCUGGGCCGCCGUCUGCGCCGCGGAGCCGCCGCACAGCCAGGGCGGGCGGGACGCUCGGCCGCCGGGCCGGUUCUGCAGCCCGCAGCUCGGUGCCCAGGACGUGGCGUGGCAGGGAGACCAGCUGUCCUCCCAGCUCUACAGAAACAAGCAGCUUCAAGAUACUUUGCUUCAGAAGGAAGAGGAACUUGCUAGGUUACAUGAAGAAAAUAAUAACCUCCGACAAUACCUGAAUUCUGCCCUGAUUAAGUGUUUAGAAGAAAAAGCCAAGAAACUACUGUCUGACCAUGGGCAAAAAACCUCUUCUAUCCUCAAAAGUACCAAGAGGAGAUUAAAAGAGGACCACUGCUUUGUUCCUCAAGAAACUCCUCAUGCUUCCAAAGCUAGAAGGAACCUCUUCAAUGAAUUCACUGCCUGUGAAGAGCAAGCCAGCCCUGCUGUGGACAGUUGGGUCUUGCAGACCUUGGGAUUAAAAGAUGUGAACACCAUUGAUGAAGCUUCAGCUAACUACAGUGCCCUGUCCCCAGACCUUGGAAAAGACUCAUACUGCCUGAGCCCUGGGGGAGCAGCAGACUAUGAGCAGAGGGAAGGAGCAGCAGCAGUGUUUGGCUGCAGCCAUGUUCCUCCAGGCAGCAGCAGCACCCAUCCAUGCAGCGAGGAUUCUCCUUUCCUUCCUCAAUUUUCUUCAGCACCAUGCAUCUCCUCACCAGUGCCAAGUGUUUCCUCUCUCCCAGCCUAUGGGUUGCCUUAUUUGACUGGUGGUUUGUCACCCAACAAAACAGAAGUGGCCUUCACAACGUCCCUGAGUCCCCACCGCAAUGUGAGAACGCACAGCUUCCACCAAGGACAGGCCUUUGUGCGCAGGGACGACGAUGGGGGGUGGAGAUUCACCUGGGUGCCCAAGCAGGCUGAAUGA